AUGGUUGCUCUGUUUGCUAACACGCUAAAAGCAUCAUACUAUGAACACGUGAUGGGUAGUUCGGCUCAACAAUUCACUAAUGUCGUGGCAGUAGCAGAACGAAUAGAGCAAGGAGUAAAGAGUGGGAGAAUCUCUACACCCAUGGAGAAAAAAGGUUUUGGAGUAAAAAAGAGAGAGAUUGAUCAUCUUGAAAGUAGUUAUAAAAGCAAAAAAGGCCAAUUCCAAAGAUAUAACACUCAAUCCUCUUCAUCCCAAAUUGCCAACACCAAUUUCAACUUCCCGAUCCCAGCCAGAAAACUUGAACCCCAAAACCACCAAGUAAACAACCAAGCUGAAAGUUUCUCCAAAAAGAACUACCAAAGAACCCAAGAACAAUUGCCUCCGUUGUCGUUACCCCUAAAUGAAAUGUACCAAAAGCUACUAAGUAUCGGACAAGUAGCCCCCGUGCCUUUGACACCCCUACAACCACCUUACCCCAGCUGGUAUAAGCUGGAUCUCACUUGCGAAUACCAUGCCGAUGUAGCUGGACAUAGCAUCCAUACCUGCAACGCCUUUAAGAGAAAGCUUCUGCAAUUGAUCAAAGCAGGAUGGAUAACAUUUGAAGAUGCCCCUAAUGUGAAUAUGAACCCUCUACCCAAUCAUGCUUCAGGUAGUGGGUCUGUAAACAUGUUAGAAGUAGAACACUCAAAAAUCUUAAAGGUGUCAAUGGAUAGGAUCUACCAAAUGAUGGUAGAUGCAAGGUACAAAGAGGGUAGCGAGAAGUGCUGUGAACAUCAUAAUAUAGAAGGCCAUGUGAUCAGCCAUUGUGAGGGCUUUCAUAAAAAAAUGAUGCAAAUGAUCAGUCGUGGGUUGCUACGAAUUGAGAAAGCAACAAGUGAAGAGGUGUUCAUGAUGGAGGCACCAAAUAAAGAGGUGUGUCGAGUAGAAUUCACUACAGGAAGGCCACCCAAAUUGGUCUUAUCCAAACCAGUAGUAGAACAUAAAGGGAAUUAUAGUGCUUUACCUCAUGACUAUGGGUAUUCUUUCAAAAGCACUCAGCAACCGCCUAUUUUUCAAGCAGAAAUUGGAGGAUUGACCCGUAGUGGUAGAUGUUUCACUCUAGAAGAGCUAGAAAAACAAAGAAAAGCUAAGGGUAAAGAGGGGGUUGAUGUGACUGAGGAAAUAAACAAACCUGUCACGGAAGAGGAAACCAAUGAAUUCUUAAAGCUGAUGAAACACAGUGAAUAUAGUGUUCUUGAACAGCUCAAGAAAACUCCAGCAAGAAUAUCGUUAUUGUCUCUGAUUCUAAGCUCUGAGCCACAUAGGAAGGCUCUACAAAAGGUUUUGAAUGAAGCAUAUGUUCCUCAAGACAUCAAUCAAGAAGCCAUGGAACAUUUAGUGGGAAGAAUCCAGGCCUCGAAUUAUGUAUACUUCACUAAAGAUGAAUUGAGUCCCGAUGGUACUGGGCACAACAAGCCACUAUACAUUACAGUGCGUUGUAAGGACAUUCUGAUCGGAAAGGUACUCAUCGAUAAUGGUUCCGCAUUGAAUGUCCUACCAAUGCAUAUGUUAAAAGAAAUGCCUGUUGAUGAGUCACACAUGAAACCUAGCACCUUGAUGGCUAAAGCAUAUGAUGGUUCGCCAAGACAGAUAAUUGGAACCCUAGAAGUGGAGCUAUAUGUGGGGCCGCAGAUGUUCUUGAUAACAUUACAGGUAAUGGACAUUCACCCAUCUUACAGCAUAUUAUUAGGAAGGCUGUGGAUUCAUGCAGCUGGAGCAUUAGCUUCUUCAUUGCACCAGUGUUUAAAGUAUAUCAUGAAUGGAAUGUUGAUAACUGUCAAAGCUGAAGAGACAGUUUCCAUGAUAAAAAAUGUGGUCAUACCCUUCAUUGAAGCAGAAGAUUGUAGAGAUGGGAAUAUUCAUGCUUUUGAAAUUGUGAACACAGAAUGGGUUCCUGAAGGUGCAGUGCUGAGAAAGCCUAGAAUUCCAGAAACAGCAAAGAUGGCUGCCAAAUGCUUUCUAAAGAAUGGGGCUCCUUUUCAAUGUAAUCCUGAGACUGGAAUGCCUGGGCUGAUCAAGCUAAAGUGUGCAAAUCAAAGAUUUGGGCUUGGAUAUAAGCCCAAGAAAGACGAUUACAAGCGGGUCACUCAGAUUAAAAGAGAGGCAAGAAUGGCGAGGAUUGAAGGAAGAGAGCCAGAAGAGGAGGUGUCGCACGUCAAAUCCACGCAGCAUCGGCUGGAACACUGGCGGCGCGUCUCUCCACGCGCCACCGUCACUGGCGGCGCGUGGGUUCACGCACCGCCGCAAGAAAAUCCAAGCGCGCAGGAGGGUGCCGCUGUGUUUGGGCCGCCACUGGAGACUGCUGGGUCUGCGGGCGCUGCUGGAGGGAGAAGGCGGGCAGGAGGCCAGUUGCAGAAGAUGAAGAAGAGUGGUGCCCCGGCGUUGCCGUGUGGGGGCUGGUGGCUCACUGGUGAGGACGGCGCUGCUGCUGCUGGCGGCGACAAACAGCUGAGAGAAAUGUAG